ACAGGAAUUGGCUUCAAGAGCGUGUUUCUGAUCACAGCUCAGCCUUACAUUUUUAGUAAUGGUUAUCAGAUAAGGUUCAGUGAAGAGCCUUGUAUGCAUUGCAAUCUUGGGUACAUUGUUCCUGAAUGGGUUGAGGAAAACCCAACUCCGUCUGACAUAAGACAGAUAUAUGGUUCUGGUUCUGCCCUUCCAACUACAACACUGAUCUUACCUCUAAAGCCUGACAAGGUCAAACCUGUGAAGCAGCAGCUCUCUAAAAUGCACCCUGAAGUUCUCUUAUUCCUUGCAAAGGUUAAGCGGCUCUCGGUUAGGGAAGUUAAUGAGGAUCCAAAGCUCAACACUGUAACCGCGAUAGCAAUAUCAAGUGAGAUUGAUUUUGAGACGCGGAAGAACAUUGAUGCUGAUUCCUACACGCUCCAUCUCUCUGCAGAAGAAAAUGGUAAUGAGUUGGAAACUGAAUGCAGCUAUUAUAUGUGGAAGCAGAAGUUU